CCCACCGACCGCGCUCUGGCCUGCACCUGCAAGGGAGUGGGGUCACACAGCGCCGCGGGGCAGGGAGAUGGUGCGGGAUCCUGCGGUCCCCCGGGGUCACCCUUCCCUCGUCCCAAGGAGCUGUGUCCCCAGGCGGAGGCGAGGGACAUACUGGAUUGCGUCCCUAGAAAAGGAAGAGAUGCCACCGCUCUCCCGGAGGUGUCCAGCAUCCAUCCUUCGACACUCGGCCUCAGCGCCCAUCCAAACCCACCGCCCAGUCUAACCCACAAAUCACCUUCAGGCCUUGAAUUUCACAAGGGAGGGAGCUCUCCUCCUCCCAGAGAACAUGGACAGACCUCUUCUCCCCAGGGAAGGAUGUGAAAUGUCAGCCUCCCGCCCAGCCCCUGAUGCUGCUCAUUCAGAGUCUGGAAUCAGGCUCCGCACAAGGUGGAGGAAUGGCUCCUUCCCACAGCCAGCAAGCCCCUCCUGACCCUGUGCAUCCUCCCCACAGCCUGCCCAGCUAUGGCAGCCUCGCUGAGCCGCCCCUGCUUCAUCUCACUCCACAUGCCCUACAGGCAGGGCUGGGCCCAGGACUUGGUCAACACCUUUCGCUUCCAGCCGGUGGCCGUGCGGGAGACGCCCCGUGUCCGGCAGUUGGCCUUGCGUCGGGGAGCCGCCAUCUUCCUCGUCAACGAGCGCCUGGCACCGGGGCCCACCAGCACCUCCUCCUGUGAUUUCCUCUACGACGUGGACCCCCAGCCUACCCUGGGCACAGCGUCCAAUGUUUGCUUUGAGGUGGAUGAUGUGCCAGGGCUUUGCAAGCAGCUGCAGAGCCAGGGAUGCUCCCUGCCGGUGCCCCCCACAGAGGUGAGGGAUAACGGUGGCUCCGUCAUCUAUGGGGUGGCAAGCUCCAUCGUGGGCAACAUCAGCCAUACUCUUCUGGACCGAUCCCAUUACCGGGGACCAUUUCUUCCUGGUUUCCAGCCCAUCCAAGGAGUCCCCUCAGCUGCAGGGGAUGGUAUAGAUAUCAAUCACUUUGACCACAUCACAUACGUCUGCCAGCGGGGCAGUGCCCGGGCAGCUCUGGACUGGUACCAGCGCUGCUUUGGCUUCCACCGUUUCCUGCUGAACCCACAGGAGAGGCCAGCUGAGGGGUACGUGCUUGGUGGACAAGGGGUGGGCAUGCUGCUUAUGGCAUUGCAGAGUGCCCAGGGUGCCCCAUCACAUGGCUGCAAGCUUGUCCUUGCUGAGUCCCUCUCAGAGGAUGGCACCAACCAAGUUGACACUUUCCUAGAGCAGCACGGGGGGCCUGGGAUCCAGCAUGUCGGUCUCCACACCACUGAUAUUGUCUCCACAACUAAAGCUUUGCAGCAGUGGGGUGCACAGUUCUUCACGCCCCCUGCCACCUAUUACAGCCACGGGGGCAAAGCAGAGGAGAUCCAGAGUGCUGGGCAGGACCCCCACAAGCUGUCAGAGCUGGGCAUCCUGCUGGACACCAUGAUACCCAGGGACAAGGGCUGGCCAGCCACCGAUGUCAUAGAGACCCCUUCCCAGGAAUAUCUGAUGCAGAUCUUCACCCAUCCCAUCUUCUCUGAGGAGACCUUCUUCCUGGAGCUCAUUGACCGUCGGGGAGCGCUAGGCUUUGGGGAAGGCAAUAUAAGGGCACUGUGGAAAGCUGUGCAGGUCUAUAUGGACCAGCAGCAGCAGCAGUAGUGACGGCAGCGCAUUGUUCCUCCUUCAGUUCCCCACCCUCUCUGGCCCAGGCUUGGAGGAAUAGGCCACUGUAGAGAUACCAGCAGGUGCCUUUGGCAGGGACCAAGGUAGGUCUCCGGGUCAAGCCAGAGCAAAAUUCAGUGUGACAGCAGGUUGCUUAGAGCUGGGCCCACAUCCCCUGGGAUAGAAAAUGAUUUCUCCCUUUCCCUGGGUUCCCAUUUAUCAGCCUCAUGUGAAGAACUUUCUGCCUUAGUUUCAUCUUGAUCUAAUCAGACGUGUGGCAUGGCUGAAAACACUGUCAUCAGGAACACCCCCAGAUGUAGAGGGAUGAGAGGCAGCCAGAGGGGAGUGGAUAACCCAAGGGCCAUGAACACUGUUUUUAUCAACAGUUACCACCCAGAGCAUGACCAGCUCCUGUACAGGGCAAGUGAUGGUCUCUGGCUUCUCUCAAUUAAAGAAUUAACCU